AUGGCCAGACACGCGAAGCCCGUGCCCCCUCCGCGCGACGGCUCAGUCAACGUCGCUGAAGCCAUCGACUUCAACCUCCAGUGGAACAAGGACCAGCCUUACUAUGUCUUUCAUGAUUCGACUCAGCUCGUUGAGCUGUCUCAUCUAGAAUUCGGUAGAGCGUGCCACCGAGCCGCGCAUAUUAUCCGACCUGGUCGCGGAGGCGAUGACGGACGGGUUGUCGCGGUCAUUGCUCUUGUCGACACGAUUGUGUAUCAGGCCGUCGCGAUCGGACUCGUGAAGGCUGGUUUCGUGCCGUUCCCGAUAUCGCCACGAAAUGCCCCGCCUGCAAUCAUCAAGCUGCUCCAAGACGCGUCAUGUUCCACCAUCGUCGGAACGCGGACUACACUCAAGGGCCUCUUCGACGAGCUCGCCCGAAUAUCAAGCAUGGAUUUGAAUAUCCUGGAGUCACCCACCCUUGACGCGCUUUUCCCGAUGCUCGGGACAGAGUCCGAGACAGACCCUUUCGAACCUUAUCCGCCACCUCCAAGCCGACCAAAUCUUGACGCGGUUGCCAUGUACCUCCACUCGUCCGGAAGCACUGGAUUCCCAAAAUGUAUCCCUCAAACCCACCGCAUAUUGAUCCAAUGGACCACCAUGAGCUUGCCGCAGCUCAUCGCACACCAUGAGCGCGUUCGAAUGGGAACUAUGGCCCUACCCUCCUUCCACACUAUAGGGAUGUACUUGCAAACGUUUUUGCCGUUGUAUGGGAUUGUCAGCGCCGCGGUUUAUCCCCCCAUCGUCCGUUCUCCUGAUGCGCACCCCAUGCUACCAACGCCGGACAACAUCCUCGAGCAUCUGAAGAAAACAGAGUGCAAUUGCCUUGCGAGCGUCCCUGCAUGGCUCCAUCUCUGGAUGCAGAACCAGCUGGACGAGACCGUCGAGUUGCUGAAAUCCUUCAUUUUCGUUAUCUACGGCGGCGGCCCGCUCUCUCAGAAAGUUGGCGAUCAAAUCGUGGCUGCUGGCGUGAACCUUCACGGAUCGUACGGUGGGACUGAGUUCGGGUCUCCCACUCUGAUACGCCUCCAACGUUGGCGCGAGCAAGACUGGGAAUGGAUCCGCCUCGCCGACACAACGACAGUGAACUGGGCCGACCAAGGCGAUGGCACGUACGAGUGUCAGUUCCUAACCACGGACAGGCACCACCCAGCCAUCGAAAACAUGACAAACCCGCGAGGGUACGCGACAUCAGAUUUGUUCAUCAAACAUCCCACAGAGCCCAAUCUGUGGAAGGUUGUUGGCCGCAUGGACGACGUGAUUAUGCAUUCGACUGGAGAGAAGACAGUACCUGGCCCCAUGGAAGGCAUCGUUAUUAAUAACCCAUUGAUUCAUGCUGCGGUAAUGUUUGGACGAAGCCAUGAUCAGGCUGGCAUCCUUAUAGAACCCGCUCCGGGGCGGAACGUUGACCCCGCAAAUCUAGAGGAAGUCUCACAAUUCCGAAACGAGAUAUGGCCAACUAUCGAGGAAGCCAACGAAGUCGCGCCGGCAUUUAGUAAGAUAUACAAGGAAAUGGUUCUCAUUACCAAGCGAGAGAAGCCUCUACCGCGGUCCCCGAAAGGUUCAGUUAUGCGCAAGGCUGCGCUUCAGCUCUAUGAGGUAGAGAUAGAGGACUUAUACACCUCUGUUGAAGUUACAUCAGGGAGAAACGUUGUCGAGCCUCCGAGAACCUGGGAUUUUGAUGGCAUUCUUUAUUGGCUUACGACCCAGGCGAACGAUAUUUUGUCUCGCCAGGAUAUUUCGUCGUCUCGAGAUUUGUUCGACCAAGGCUUCGACAGCCUUAGCUCAACAUUCCUCCGUCUACGCAUCGUCGGCGCCUUCCACUCAUCGCCCACACUAAGAGACCAUACGCGGAAAAUAGGUCAAAACACGAUUUACACCCACCCUAUUCUUCAAGACCUUGCACGUUUUAUUGUCCUUGUCAUUGACGGGGAUGAGAGUGGAACAACCGCAAAUCGUGGGAAGGAGGCCCUGGUUGCGAUGAUCCAAAAACAUACCGACGGCCUUGACGCUCCCAUUCCGAUCAACACUACACAUGAUCAGUCCGCAUUCCAGCGCGAAGGUUCUGUUGUUCUGAUAACGGGUACGACAGGCAGCGUUGGCUCUCAAGUCCUUGCCGACCUUCUGCGAGACGACUCGGUGAGCAGGGUCUAUGCCCUGAAUCGGCCAGGAAAGGGUUCAGAACCGAUUCUGCGGCGCCAUGAAUCCAAGUUCGAGGACAUGGGUCUCGAAGUCGGCUUGCUGAGAACCGACAAAUUGAAGUUACUGCAGUGUGACGUGUCGGAGGACCGCCUCGGGCUUUCCUCCGAGCUUCACCAGGAGGUUCAAGCCGCCGUGAAUCUUAUCAUCCACGUUGCGUGGAGGGUCGACUUCAACCUUGGCCUUACCUCCUUCGAAUCAAACAUCAAAGGAACUCGCAACCUCGUGGAUCUCGCUCGGAGCAGCCACCAUGGGGCGAACACUAGAUUCAUCUUCAUCUCCUCCGUGGCCAUUGCGCAGGGCUGGGACAAAGCGAAAGGUUCCUACCCCGAGGAGAUUGUCAGCGAUGAGUCGUUUGCGUUGGGAACAGGGUACGGCGAGAGCAAGUACGUCGCUGAGAAGAUGCUAGAGCGUAGCGGCCUCCAAGCUACUUCAAUCAGGUUAGGUCAAGUUAGUGGUGGACUACCGAACGGCGCUUGGGCAUGUACGGAAUGGCUACCGAUCCUCGUUAAGUCGAGCGUCGAGCUAGGCGCUUUACCCCAGGCACAUGGGUCCGUCUCAUGGCUAACCAUGGACGCUGCGUCCCGAGCCAUUCUCGACAUUGCUCUCACGCCAGAACGGCCGCCCCUUGCCUUGAACGCCGUCCAUCCACGGCCGGUCUUAUGGCAGGAUAUCAUGCAGGCGAUCGCGAAGGAGAUACCACCUAGGGAUGGAGUGGAUGGAAUACCCUUCGUUCCCUUUUCACAGUGGGUCGAGAGGCUCGAAGAACGAGCCAAAUACGGCGAUGAGGCGGAUCUCCAGCUUGUGCCCGGAAUCAAAUUGCUCGACUUCUAUCGGAAUAUGGCUAGGGCUGAUGCGGAGAUUCUCCGCAACGGAAGGGACGAAGCUGAGGUUGGCGGGAUGUGCCAAUUCGAGACAAAGAAAGCGCAGGACGUGAGUGUCACGAUGAGGCUUGUGAAGCCUGUUGGCGCUCUAGACGCGAGAAGCUGGGUGAGAUACUGGCAGUCCGUUGGAUUUUUGCAAACCCCUCCCGAUAAUGACCAGGUGGUCACUUCGGCUCCACCGAAAAACCACAGGACAACGCUUCGCUCGCUGAUUGUCUACCUAGUUCGCCUCAUUUUCCCAUUUCUAUUUAAGUAG